AUGAUCAUUUCCACAACAUCAAAUCUGGUUGCAUUGACAAGUGUUGAUCACAUUCACCUCUUUUUAGGUUCUGAAUUCUUAGAGGUGUACAUUGACUUGAGUAGUAGUAGCAACGUGAAAAAAGUUAUAGCUAAAUCUACUUUCUGUUAUGCCAUUAGCCAGAUGAUUCAUUCAGGUAACUUAGCCUGGCUUGGGCAAAUUAAAGCUGGAUUGAUCUGUGACAUGCAGGUUCUCAGGUUCCAAUGGGCUGUGUUAAUGGCGAGAUGUCAUCGGAUAGUAACUCUGGGUCUUGAAACGCAAUCGCUGUUGAUUCCUGCAAAGUAUCAGGGUAAUGAAGGAUUCAGAAGGUCACAUCCUGUACUGUUGGUUGUUGCGGGUGAUGAGACCAACAAGUUAAGCCUUGAUCAAAAGCGUUGUCAUUUGGGUGGGUGUGGCAGAGACGGUUCUAUGGAGUUUCAAUCGGGGUUCCAGUCGGCAGUGUUAAUGGUCAGAUGUAGUCACCAGAUUGUAGCUCUGGGUCUUGAAAUACAAGUUUCUGCUGCGGCAAGAAAUUUGAUGGCUUACUAUUACUCUCCCUUGUGGCAGAUACACUGCAUUGAUAUACACUUACUGUUGAGGACAGUGUUCUCACCUAUCCCUUUCCUCAGUUUGGAGGACAAGGAACAGCCCAAGGGACUUGCUACUUUUUAUCCCCCUUUGGUGGCAAUGCCAGCUUUCAAACUCUUGUUUCUCAUGGCAAAGGUCUAUGCCUGUAUCCCAUUGUAUCUCUACCACAGCGGUCUACUUCAUCUUAAACCAGCAAUCUUCUUCACCUCGGCACCCUUUUACCCUUUAUGUGGCGUUAUGGUGGAAGGUUUCCUAGUGCUUCAUAAUUGGAGACUAAGACAAGGUCACCGAAGAAACUUAUCUGUUCUUCAAACCCUGCAUUCCUUACCUCCACUGAAAGCUCAAAUGAAGCGCUCACGACUGCUUCAAGGCAUCCUGGAGCUCUCACAAAUCAGUCCAUUUGAAGGUAAAGUUGUCCUCACUUGCACUGGCUACCCUUGGUGA